GUCCCGAGUGCACCAGAGCCGUACGGUCUAGAUCCGGUCUGAGCGAUCCAAGCGCUGCAAGCGUCCCAGUACCGCUGGCCCUUUUCAAUACCGCUCGUUUGCAGCUCUCGUGACAUAUAUAAGGCGUCCGGAUGCAGAUCUCGUCCAUACAUCUUCUGCCUGAGUGUCUGCCCAUCUUCUCUCCGUCUUGCUGCAAGGCUACAUCAAUCAAAGAGCCGUCAUCUACGCAUUACCGAGAAAGGUCGCCAUGGCGUUUACACCGUUGUCCUUUUGCCGCUGGAAACCUAUCCUCCUUGCCGCCGCCCUGCUUCUUAGCCAUGGAGGUAUAUACGCAUCCCCAGUUGAAUUUUGCUUGCAUCACAUCAAUCUACUGAUCGCGAGAAAAAAUGAUCUGCUAUAUUGAUGAAGUAAUGAUCUCGAGAGAAACUGAGGACUGAUCUCCCUUGCAUGUCCUCGUGCAGUUACCAUCAUUCGUGCUCGCUACACCGUGAGCGUCUCGAUGAUGCGGGCAGUCGCUAUACAAAAUAAUUCAGAUCCGCAUCGGGAGGAGGAGGUGAUGAACCCGUUGAUAUCUCAGUUUGCCGAAGUGGACAUCCAGAUCGACUACUCCCCAACACCUUUAUCGGACAAGUAUUCGGCAGCGGUGAACUUUGAGUUAUCCCAUCACAUGGCGGAUCAUGACGUAUUCAUGAUCGAUUGUGUUUGGCCCUCUGACCUCGCCGAGCACUUUGUGGACCUUAGCCAAUACAUCCCGAAGACCGAAUACGAGCAACACAAUCCUGGCAUCCUCACCGCCGACUGGGUCGAUGGGAAAUUGGUAGCCUUGCCUUACUGGGCAGACUAUGGUGUUUUCUAUUACCGCCAGGACCUACUCACCAAAUACGGGUUCACCGGACCGCCCAGUACUUGGGACGAGAUGGAGGAGAUGGCGAUGAAAAUUGUGCCCGGGGAGAAGGCAACAAAUCCGUCCUUUGCAGGGUAUAUUGGCCAGUUCAACGCAUACGAGGGCUUGACCUGUAACUUGGUGGAGCUUUUGCACAGCUUUGGCGGCGGUGACAUAGUCAACGCCGAGAAGCUCGUCGAUCUCGACAAUCCCAAUGCUCGGGCCAUCCUGUCGCGAGUAAAGGCUUGGAUCUUUGACAAGAAGAUCACACCUUUCGACGACAUCUACUAUACGGAGACGGAGUCGAAUGCACGAUGGCUGGCGGGCAAUGCGCUCUUCUUGCGAUCAUGGCCAAACGUCCUCUCAGAAACGCGAUCCACCCCCAACUUUCCGGCUUUUGGUGUCACUCGCCUCCCCGGGGAGAACCCCAGCUUGAGCGGUGCUGCACUCGGCGGGUGGCAUCUGGCCGUCAGCAAGUACUCCCGCAACAUCUCCGCUGCCGUCGAGGCGGUCAGGUUCCUUAGCGGGAAGUUGGUCCAGAAGCAGCGUGCCAUGAACUACUCGCUUUUGCCGAGUUACCCCAGUCUGCUUGAUGAUCCUACCUUGUGCACUUACAUCGACUGUCCACUCCUUGCGUCUCUGGAAGUCGUCGCUCGUCCCUCGGCGCAGAGCGCGCCGAAUUACCUCGCCGUUUCUCGUGCCGUCUUUCAGCACAUCAACCAAUACCUCGGCGGCGUCUCUUCCCUCGACAAGGCGCUCUCUGACGUGAAAUACGAUGCUGAGGUGGCGAUGGGGACGUGGGUCGAGCCCGUUCCUGAUCUCGGGGCCCCUCAGUACGUCGCUUUCUCGGACCCACUUGGAGCCGCCAUGCUCGCGUUGUCUGCCCUGGUCUUACUCGUCGCCCUGGGCAUGCUGGGUGCGGUGUUUUACAACCGCCACGACAAAGUCAUCAAAGCUGCGAGCCCGCUGUUCUGCUCCUUGAUGAUCCUGGGCAACCUCCUCGGGCUGUGUACUAUCUUCGUGUACACCGGUCCCCCAACGCGCGUCACAUGCAUCUUACAGCCCUGGAUGCUUUGUCUCUCAUAUGCCAUCGUCAUGGUCCCCAUGAUUGUCAAAACGUGGCGAGUUUACAGGAUUUUUAACAAUCGAUUGGCGAGAAUGAAGGGCUCGAUCAAGGACUCCUCUUUGCUCUUGCAUGUCGGAAUCGUUGUCGGUGUGGAAUUGCUGCUUCUUCUCAUCUGGACGGCAGUCGACGCGCCUAAGCCUAGUCUAGUAAAUUUGACCGCUUCCCGCUUCUGGACCUGCAAGAGCACCUCUGCCUCGGUUCACGUAGCGAUGACAGGCGUCAUGAUUUCGUUCAAUGCUUUGCUGGCUGUCGCAGGAGUGGCUGUCGCGUACUUAACUAGGCAUGUUCGCGGCGCGUUCAACGAAAGCCGUUACAUUGCGAUUUGCAUCUACAAUAUUUUCCUGUUGUCCACGCUUGGGAUUCCUGUGAUGUACAUUUCCGGUGUGGACGUUAAAACUCAAUAUGCGUUCCGAUCGAUCGUCAUCAUCUUCGUAAAUGCCGCCAUGCUCGGAAUUUUCUUCGGGCCAAAGCUGAAGAGUAUUCAAAGACGAGCCGGAUCCGAUGGGAGUCAGGGCACCAGUUUGGGAUCGGAUCGCGUCGAGUCCAUGGGGAGCACAUCAGAAAGAAACCCCACCAACGUCCCAGGGGACAACUUUGAUGUUCAAGAUACGAAAGAGGACGUGAUGUCCGGCGGCGUGUACGUGCGAUCGCAGAAGUACAAGUGGGCGUUGCGCUCAGCUCCGUGGAAGCGUGCGACCCUGAAUGUUUUCCAGAAGCUGCAAAUGCUGAGCAUCACUACGUCGGAAAACCACGCAUUGGAGGGAAAAGGAACAAUAUACCCUGUGAAGGGUGUGCAGAUUGUUGCAAGCACGGCGGACCUCGAGACCGGAGAGUAUCUCCUUACGGUUACCGGCCUGGGCAAUCUUUUCUUCGAGUUCCAGUUUGAAAAUCAUGGUGCAUUCGCAAAAUGGGUGGACAUGCUGAACAAAGUGAUAGUUGGAGGAAAGGGUAUAACGGGUACAACGGCCAAACCAUCUACCGCCGCUCCGAUACUCCCUAAAGGCACCCGCAGAUUCUCGGAGGCUCCGUCUCCAUAACAAACUGCGGUCCGUUCCUCAACCACCUCAACUCCCACUUUCUCGUUCAUCCAACAGCAGUGCAAUUCAAAACACUUGCAACAUAUACCUUCUCACAAGCGAUACCUUCUUCUUUCCUAGCUCUCGUGUAUUAGACUAUGUAGUGCGCUUUCUGUUAUUAUGUUCGUGAACUUGGGAAGCGGGCGGAGUUCCCCUGCGGUAGUGUGGUACGCGCUGUCGCUUUCCGAUCUUAUCCUGUCAAAUUUUGAACGUUGUAUGUACGAGGCCGUAUAUAUAUCACAU